AUGUACAAGACUCAUCUCUACAACAGUGGAACACAUUACAACAGUGGAACACAUUACAACAGUGGAACACAUUACAGCAGUGGAACACAUUACAAAAGUGGAACACAUUACAACAGUGGAACACAUUACAACAGUGGAACACAUUACAACAGUGGAACACAUUACAGCAGUGGAACACAUUACAACAGUGGAACACAUUACAACAGUGGAACACAUUACAACAAUGGAACACAUUACAGCAGUGGAACACAUUACAACAGUGGAACACAUUACAACAGUGGAACACAUUACAACAGUGGAACACAUUACAGCAGUGGAAUACAUUACAACAGUGGAACACAUUACAACAGUGGAACACAUUACAACAGUGGAACACAUUACAACAGUGGAACACAUUACAACAGUGGAACACAUUACAGCAAUGGGACACAUUACAGCAGUGGAACACAUUACAAAAGUGGAACACAUUACAACAGUGGAACACAUUACAACACUACUUUGACUCUAGAAACUUGA